CUAAAUCCAAGACAUCCGUUGAGCCUCCUCUCCAAAAGCUGUAUGAUAUUCGAAGAAGAUCCCAAUGCAGCCGAGCCUUUCUUCUUGGCUCUAUUAGCAUUUUACCCGUUUUGGACUGCAAUCUGGGCAGCUGCUAGCGCUUAUUUUCUACACAAGGAAAUGUUUCACAUGUCGGAUCAAAUAAUGGAACAAAUGAGAAAGACACAAGCAGAGGGCUUAGCGAAGGAGCCGAGAUUUCCCCGAACUUGGGAACAGGAACUGGGAGAGUGGUGGGAAGAAACCCCACUCCUACCUGGCACAAGUGUCUACUACGACGCUGCAGAUCUAUUGCUGAGACUGCGAGGCAUUGACUUGGCAGAAAUAUGUAUAGCCAAAGCACUUUUGGAAAACGGAGACUCAGCCGUGUAUUACCAUAUGGUAGCUCUGUGCUGCAGACUCAAAGGGAACUACGCGGACGCUCUUUGUCAUCUCCAAGAAGGAAUCGACAAAUAUGGAGAAAUUAGUUAUCUUAGAAGCUUACAGGGUGAAUGCUAUCACAGGACAAAGGAAUAUAAUUUAUCGUUGGCUUCUUUUGAGAAAUCAGGAAGUUGCAAAUCCGCUUAUACAACGCUGCUGUCGUUGCCUCGUCGUGACGGAGGAAGAACUCGUUCCAUACUAACAGACCUGGUCCGCCGUCACCCAAGCGCAUACGCAUGGAUGGCCUUCGCUGAUGAAUGGAUGACGGUAACCAAAAAUAAUAAUUAUAUUAUAAAGCAAAUACAAUUAGAUGUACGUACGUAA